AUGGCAUCGGUAGCAGCUAAGCCGAAUCUUUUCAAAAGAGGCGCAGACCGACUGGUCGAAUAUGUAAAGACCUUAGCGCAUGAUUAUAGGACAGUAAUUGUGGAAACAGCUCAAGAUUCCGUGAAACGACCAGUUAGAACAUCAGCAGUUGGUGCUUUUAUAGCAUUCUUAGGAUACGCAAACCGAACAAGGCCGCUACAAAAUGAGCUGGACGAGAAGUUGGUAAGCCUAAGACAACAGAUGACACUACUACCAUUGGCGAUACACAGUAGUACAGCAGGUAGGUUGGUAAGAGGGUUAAGGUUAAACUCGACUUGUGUUUUAACUUCAUUGAAACUGAGAUAUUGGGGUUUUAUUGCUUUUUGGGUAUUAAGGUUUGAGAGAUGCAGAGGGUUUUAUAGUUUUUGUCAUACUUCGGGAUUUAUAAUAAGGCUUUAAUAUGAUGUUUCUUGUAGUUUAAAGUGUUUUGUUACAGAUGCUUCACUUCAUCUCUAUACGGAUCUAUUGAACUCGGAAAGGCUAGAUUUAUAUGAUUGUUGGUUCUUCUCAUUACUUAUUAGACGAGAGUUCGAUCGACGGGUAAAAUACGCUUAUAUUAUUUUAAAAAUGUGUAUAUAUUGUUGUCACACGCUGCUAUAAUAUCCAAAAAAACGUUAAAAUUUAGUUUAGAGACUCAUAUCUUGGAACAUUGUAUUAUAAAAAGCCUUUAAUUCGUAUUUAACUUCAAAUUUACAGGUAUUCAGCCCAGUGUCGCAAGAUUCAAAUUUGAAGAAAUGGUUUUGGCAGCGAUUUACUGACAACUUUUUGGACAUUGGAGCUUUUGGCAAGUUUUACAACCUGGAAAGGACUUUCGUCGACUAUGACAUACGACAAGAGGAGUUUGUUGGGAAGGAAAACUAA